UGCACAGCCCAAGGUCCUACUCCGCGAGGCAUAACAGGCGGGGGGGUGGCUAUCGGGCCUUGUUGGGUUGGUUGGGUCAUUAUUAUGAUUAUUAUAACUCAUAUUUUGGUAGUAUUGGUUUUUUGGUGUUUUGUUUUGUUUUUUUUUUUUUUUUUUUUUUUUUGUGCUGGAGCUAGGGUGGAAGGAGGAAGAGGACCAGUAAGAGGAGGAGGAGGGAGAGAGAAGGGAGAGGACGAGGAGGACGACGACGACGACGAGGGUGUUGUGUUGUGUUUGUUGGUCAUCGACACGCCAUUGCCGAAGUUGUUGCUGGUCGCCUUCAAUUGCUCCACCGCUACACCACACCACGCUCAGUUUCUCAUCACUUGGAACUCUCUCUUCGUCGUCACAUCUCCUGAAUUGGUUCUCAUCGCCGCGCUGCUGUGCUAUGCCCCACUAAUCUGCUCGUUCCCAGCGUUGCAUUGCAUUGUAGUUGGAGUUUGCGUUGGAACCUCGACGUUUGCUGGCUAUUCCUGCACGUAGCUGCUUGAGGGCCUUAGUCAGCUGAUUCCUUGUCUUGAACCUCUUCCUUAUUGCACAAAGCACUAUGUUUACAUUUCACCUCUCGCGCAUGGCCCUCACAGUAUUUCCUGCUAAUUUCUCACACUCCACCUUGUGGUGGCCUUUCCAAUGUCCUUUCUGGCCUUCUCCCCUGCCUUUUCUUUCUGUCUCAAUUUCUCUGCCUCAAUUUCUCUUCCUCAGCUGCACUCCAAGCUCCUAUCUAGGUGAUUAUCUGUGGUUCUUGGAAGACUUGGAAGGUGAACAUGUCAGGCGCAAGUGCAUCGCCAGAGGAUCUACACGAUGAAGAGCAGGUUGACAUAGAUGGAGCGGUCGAUCUAGAUGAAGAGGUUGACGAUACUAAUGCUGACCAUGACGAUGAAGAAGUUGAAGAGGAGAAAGCUCAGGGUUCAGAUCUAGACGUAGACGUGGAAGCUCAAGAAGGGGACGAUGGCCAGGAAGACCAGGAUAUUGAUGAUUUAAAUGGAGAUCAUGACCAUCAGAGUACGGAGGCUGAGCUUGAUAUCGAAGACACUGACGCCCACGUGGAUGCCGAUUGUGCGAUAGCGGAAGACAAGGAAGAAAAAAAUGCUGAGAAGAGCGGAGAGCUUCUCAAGCGGCCUCCUCAUGGCUCAGAAAUUUUCGUUGGAGGUAUUACUCGGGACACAACAGAGGAAGAUCUACGAACACUCUGCUCCAGUUGUGGUGAGGUCUAUGAGGUUCGUCUUUUGAAAGACAAGGAUACGGGUCAAAACAAGGGUUAUGCUUUUGUCACAUUCAUGAACGAGGAGUAUGCGGAAAAGGCCAUUGAGUUAUUGAAUGAUUCAGAAGUGAAGGGGCGGAAACUCAGAUUCUCUCAAUCGCAAUCAAAGCAUAGACUUUUUGUUGGGAAUAUCCCCAAGACGUGGGAAAAGGAGGAACUGGAAAAAGUACUAGGUGAACAGGGGCCUGGCAUACAAAGUGUUGAACUGCUCAAGGAUCCGAAGACCCCUGGGAGAAAUCGUGGAUUUGCCUUUGUAGAGUACUACAAUCACGCUUGUGCUGAACAUGCCAGACGUGAAAUGUCUAAAACAAGCUUUCGAUUAGAGACUAAUGCUCCUACUAUAAGCUGGGCUGAUCCACGAAAUGGGCCUGACGCUUCUGCAAUGUCUCAGGUCAAAGUUGUGUAUGUACGAAACCUGCCAGAUAGUGUGACUGAGGAGCAGCUACAGAAGUUGUUCGAGCGCCAUGGUGAGGUUACAAAGGUGGUCUUACCUGCAUCUAAACCUGGUCAAGCAAAGCGUGAUUUUGGAUUUGUUCACUUUUCUGAUCGAGCACAGGCUCUCAAAGCUAUCGAAAAAACAGAAGUCUAUGAACUGGAAGGCCGCACACUUGAGACAUCACUUGCAAAGCCCCCAGCGGAGAAGAGGCCCAUUGGUAUGGAGCCUGCAUAUCCUCCGCAACGAGCUGGUCUGCUACCACAGUAUCAGAGCAGCAGGGGUGGCUACGGUUAUGGAGGCGAUGUGUAUAGCAAUGUUGGUGGUGGCUACGGUCAAGCCCGGGGUUAUAAUCAACCGGUAAUUUACGGGCGUGGCCCAGCACCCGCUGGCAUGACCAUGGUACCUAUGAUGCUUCCAGAUGGCCGUGUUGGUUAUGUUUUGCAACAGCCGAGUGGUGGACAAGGAGGACCUGCCCCAUAUCGUGGUGGUGGGGGUCGUCAUGGAUUAUUGCCAUUUAGACAGAGUGGCGGCAAUGGUGGCGCUGCUGCGUCUGGAGCUGCGGGAGGCCGUCGUUAUCGCCCUUAUUAAGAUGUGCUCAUGUUGAUUCAGUAAAUCUUGCUAGUAUCCGAACUCAUGUUUGGAUGGUUUUCUCGUGGAGCAAGCAACGAAUGCAGCUAACUGCAUUGCUUUGAGGUCCCAAAUGAUUCAUUAUGUCGUGAUUGUUAACGAUAUCAGUCAUAAGAUUGGAUCUUAUCAUGAGAGAAUUCACGCAACUGUAAGAGAACAGGAACGGUUUUAACUAUUGACAAUGUCAUUUUGUACGAUCAGUUGGGCUUGUUUGAUCAAAGCUUAGAGCUGCAUUGAAUCCUACCGUUUUCCAGACAGCGUCUCCAGUUUCGGGUGUAGAUUAUCCAAGUGAUACCUUUAAUUUAGGCAUUAUCUGGUGCUUUUACAUAUUCGCCACAAGUUGAGCUGUGAUUUCAGUGGAGAUGUUCUUUAAAAUCUAAUUUUGCUAUAUGAUGACUUUCGUUUAAGUUAAUUUUGUAA